GAAAUAUCGUUUCCCCAUUGUAGUUGAUGCUCUUAUAGCAAUCAGAAGGUCUUUUAAUGAUCCUCAUGGAUCUUUAAACAACUGGGAUGAAAACUCUGUUGAUCCUUGUAGUUGGGCUAUGAUCACUUGUUCCCUUGACAAUCUUGUCACUGUUCUAGGAGCUCCAAGCCAAGGAUUGUCAGGAACUUUAUCAGGAAGGAUUGCAAAUCUUACUAAUCUUAAACAACUGUUACUGCAGAGCAAUAAUAUCUCCGGCGGAAUUCCGCCGGAGCUGGGGUAUAUACCGAAUCUGCAGUCAUUGGAUCUGUCUAACAAUCGAUUCUCCGGUCACGUGCCUGAGUCUUUGGUUCUGAUGAAGGGUCUUGAAUACCUGCUGAACAACAAUAACUUGUCUGGUCCUAUUCCUCUGUCUUUAUCUAAAGACCCUCAACUUGAUUUCUUGGACCUGUCUUUCAACAAUCUCAGUGGGCCAGUACCUAAAUUUCCAGCCAGAACAUUCAAUUUGGUGGGUAAUCCACUCAUUUGUAAACAAGAAGAUGAACCAGGGUGCUCUAAUUCAUCAUCAUCAUCAUCACCAGCAAUCCCAAUGUCUGUUUCUAAAGGAAAACCCAAAUUGAUCAAGUUGGGUCUUGCACUUGGGAUCAGUAUAACUCUAGUUUCUAUCAUCCUUCUUGUAUUUGCUUGGUUUAUUUGGAUGAGAAACAGGAAGGGGAAACAGAGUAUCUUAAAUAUGACUGACAUACAAGAAGAAGGGGAAAUAAUAAGUUUAAGUAUAUGCAAUCUGAGAAUGUUCUCAUUCAGAGAGCUUCAAACUGCGACAGACAAUUUCAGUUCGAAGAACAUAUUAGGAACAGGGGGGUUUGGAAACGUGUACAAAGGAAAGUUAGUCGAUGGAACAAUGGUGGCUGUUAAACGUUUGAAGGAUGUUAUUGGGACAGCCGGAGAAUCUCAAUUCCGGACAGAGUUAGAGAUGAUUAGCCUCGCUGUUCACAGGAAUUUGCUCAUGUUAAUAGGUUACUGCGCUACCACUAACGAGAGGCUGCUUGUCUAUCCUUACAUGUCUAAUGGAAGUGUUGCUUAUAGGCUGAGAGAAAAACCGACGAUAGAUUGGAACACGAGAAAGAGAAUAGCGAUAGGAGUUGCGAGAGGACUUGUGUAUCUACACGAACAAUGUGAUCCGAAGAUUAUCCAUAGAGAUGUGAAGGCAGCCAAUAUUCUGUUGGAUGAGAUUUAUGAAGCUGUUGUUGGGGAUUUUGGACUUGUCAAGCUACUAAACCAUGAAGAUUCGCAUGUCACGACUGCGGUUCGUGGUACUGUGGGGCAUAUCGCGCCUGAAUAUCUAUCGACAGGACAAUCGUCUGAGAAAACCGACGUGUUUGGAUUUGGUAUACUUUUGUUGGAGCUUAUAACCGGAAUGAGAGCAUUGGAAUUUGGAAAGACAAUUAAUCAAAAGGGAGCUAUUCUUGAUUGGGUAAGGAAAAUUGUGGAAGAAAAGAAGGGAUUGGAAUUAUUGAUGGAUAAAGAGUUGGGAAGUAAAUAUGAUAGUAUAGAAGUUGUAGAAAUGUUGCAAGUGGCUCUUUUAUGCACUCAAUAUUUAGCGGCCAACCGUCCAAAGAUGUCGGAGAUUGUUCGGAUGCUAGAAGGGGACGAUGGGCUAGCCGAGAAAUGGGCGUUGGCACAUCAUAAACAUUAUUCUAGUCGUGACUUGUUUAUGAUAGACAAUGAUAUACAAGUUCAUUCGUAUGUUACCACGACGGUUAAACAAGAAACAAAUGAUUACGAGGAUUCGAGUUCUUUUGGUUUGAUGGAUGGUGAUCAUUAUGCACACUAUGCCAUGGAACUCUCUGGUCCAAGAUAGAUAGAUUACAUACAUAUGAUAAGUACCCCAAAGGAAGGGAAUUGGGAAGGGAAUUUUUUGAAAUUCUUCAAGUUUGUAAUUUGUUCAUCAAAAUAUUUUCUAAGGUGGUCUACUCUCUAAUUAAUGUAGUAAUAUGUUAUAUGUAAUUAAUCAUAUAUGUAGGGUGUAUUGUUUUUUUUUAAAACAUUCAAUGUUAUUACUCAAUCACUCGCAACUAAGUGGUAAACUUUAUA